AUGAAGUAUCGUAAGUUUGCUGAGCUGGAAUCGACUCAGUUGUAUGGGAUUGAGCAUAAAGAAGAACUUGGGGAUCGAGAAGUAAUUGUUUGUGAUGUUCAAACAGGUGGGAUAGGACGUGGGGGUUCAAAUUGGAUCUCUUCAGCCGCAUCUUUAACUAUAUCUAUUUGCUGGCGGGAAUUGGGAGUGGCCAAUCCGGCACUAGGAACUUUGCUGGUAGUUAAACGAGUGCUAGAGAGUUAUGGCGUUCGAAAUUUACUAGUUAAGUGGCCAAACGAUCUUUACUUAGUAGCGGAGACUGGAGAGGUCGGGUUAGGCGAGAAGAUGGGACGUGGGAAGAAAAUAGGUGGAGUCUUGGUGAAUGUAGUUACUACGGAACGCGGUCCUUUAUCUAUUAUUGGGUUGGGUGUGAAUUUAGCUAAUAUGCAGCCUUUGGCUGAUUUAGCACAAUUUGGGUACCAGCUAGAUAAGGAGGUCUUAAUUGGACAAAUAGUUGAAGGAGUUGAAUUAGCGUUUCAAGCUGGACAUGAAGAAGUUUGGGGUUGUUUCUUUCCCUGGCCUUAUGUCUACUUCUUAGGCCAAAAGUGCACUAUUGAAUCUAUUGCGGAUGAGCUAGUUCUAUCUGGGCCAUUAGGCCAUACGUUUAGCAUUAGCAGCCAGUACUCAUACUGUCCCGAUACUAACCAAAUCUAUCUUAAAUCCAAGCAUCCUUUUAAUUAG